AUGGCACGACAUCCAUGGUACUUACAGGGUCUCACAAGAGCAAAGGCCGCAGAAAUCUUGGCUCGAGAUGGUCCGAACGCCUUGUCGCCUCCAAAAACCACUCCAGAGUGGAUUAAGUUCUGCAAGAAUCUUUUUGGAGGGUUUGCCCUUCUUUUGUGGGUUGGCGCUUUCCUAUGUUACGUCGCUUAUUCCGUCGACUAUUUCACCAUGGAGUAUCCAUCAAAGGACAACCUAUAUCUCGGUAUUGUAUUGAUGACUGUCGUCGUGAUCACCGGAUGCUUCCAGUACUAUCAGGAAAGCAAAUCAAGCAAGAUUAUGGAUUCCUUCAAGAACAUGGUGCCCACUUUUGCUCUUGUCCAUCGUGACGGACAGAAGCAACAAAUUCGAACGGAAGAACUGGUCGUCGGUGACAUCGUCGAAGUGAAAGGCGGUGAUCGUGUGCCAGCCGACAUCCGUAUCAUUUCCGCCUUUGGUUUCAAGGUAUUGCGUUUCUUUGUUUUUACGAGCCAUUCAGUUCCGCUUUCAUUCUUGGCGACAAAUUUUAUGGCGAUGUAA